GUCAACCCACUCCUCAACAUGUCGCUGGAAUCUCACUUGGAAGGCGUCGUGAACGUCUUCCACACGUAUUCCGUGCGGGUGGGAGAUUUCGAUCAGUUGUCCAAGAAAGAGCUGAAGCAGCUAAUAGAGAAAGAACUGCCCAAUUACAAGAAGAAACCAAAGGACGCCGAGGCCAUGGCCGCGCUGUUUAAGGAUCUGGACCAAAACCGCGACGAGCAGGUCAGCUUUGGGGAGUUCAUGCGUUUCAUUACAACGGUCCUGAUCGCCACCCACGAGCACAUCCACGAGGAUGGUCCGUAGAGGACAGUGACCCCGGAGCAGCCGCCCAUCCCGCUCCCACGUCGCCAGGGAGCGACAGGAGCAACAAUUCGACCGUCCCUCCCACGCUCCCCCAAACUCCCGGUCUUCUCCCUUCCCCGGCGCGUCACCAAGGGCAAAAAAGACCGGCGAUCCACACUGACCGAGUAUCCACCAGAGGUCGGGGUGGGGAAGAGCCUGAUUCAAUAAAUGCAUAAA